ACGCAGACAACGUCUGGAGCUGAUGCGAGAGAUGUAUCAUAACGAAGCGGAAUUGUCCCCCACGUCUCCGGACAGUAAUGUGGAAACCAUGACCGGCGGGGAUCCGUUUUAUGAUCGCUUCCCGUGGUUUCGCCUAAUUGGACGAGCGUUUGUGUUCCUCACGAACCUGUUGUACCCGGCAUCCCUGGUGCACAAGGUGCCGAUCGUGAGUGAGAAGGGGGAUGUGCGGGGAUAUCUGCGGAUCGCUGUGCAAGCUUCGCUGGGGGAUGAUACGCCUGGUCCGGAGGAAGGCUGUCACGUGAAGCAGUCAGCGAGAAUACAUUUCACGGAUGAAAUGGCUGCCGGGAAAGCGAGGUUGCCAAGUUCGCGGCAACACAGCUUGUGUGAUUCUAUGGACGAAUCGAGCAGAGUGGUUGAAGGACAUACAGAAACCAUCUCCGGUCUUCCUCAAGCUGAUCGACCGCAAAGAUCUGAGUCGAAGGACGACGAAAAGCUUCCAGCGCAUUUAGUGAUCGGACAAGAAUUUACAUUCCGUGUGACAGUUCUGCAAGCUGUUGGAAUUCCGUCUGAGUACUCUGAUAUUUUUUGUCAGUUCAAUUUUCUCAAUCGUCACGACGAAGCGUUCUCAACGGAGCCGAUAAAGAAUCCGGGAAAAGCGAAUGCCUUGGGAUUUUAUCACGUCCAGAACAUUACUGUUACAGUUUGCCAGGCAUUCAUAAACUACAUCAGAGAUGAACCGAUUGUGUUCGAAGUUUUUGGGCAUUAUCAACAACACCCGUUGCAUUGGGAUGCGAAAUUGGAUCCCCACAUCACCAAUAGCCGUCCGCCGCCAAAGAGACUCUUGCCGCCCUCUUUGCCCAUCUCGAUGCCUUUGAAGAGCCCCAAGUAUGGCAUUUUACCUUUGAAUUCUCCCAUCUCCACGGCCCACAUUCAGGCGAAGUACGACGUUCUCGUCUGGUUCGAGGUCUGCGAACUGGCGUCGAACGGAGAGUAUGUGCCUGUGAUCGUCGAGCACAGUGAUGAUCUUCCUUGCCGAGGAUUGUACCUACUUCAUCAGGGUAUACAAAGAAGGAUGCGAAUCACGCUUGUGCACCAUCGAAUGGCUUCCAUUCAUCUGAGCUGGAAGGAUGUUCGGGAGCUCGUUGUCGGUCGCAUUCGGCCAGUGCCGGAAUGCAAUUUGGACGACGAUGAUGACGACGCGUCAGUGCUGUCACUGGGCCUUUUCCCAGGCGAAUAUUUAGAAAUCCCUGGCGAAGAUCGGAUUUUAUACCGAUUUGAAGCUGCUUGGGACACCUCACUGCAUAAUUCAGUUUUGCUCAACCGGGUCACCCCGUCCGGAGAGCACGUUUACAUUACUUUGUCGGCCUACUUGGAGGUGGAUAAUUGCUGUCAACCGGCAAUAGUGACCAAAGAUCUUUCGGUGGUGAUAUGCUCACGUGAUGCCCGCACACCUCGGUCCCUGCGGCAGUUGUUUUCUGGGUCUUACAAGAACGCGGAGGCGAAUCGGCUGACGGGCGUGUAUGAAGCCGUUCUUCGGCGAAAUUCCGAGUCAGGUAGUCCAGGAGCGCAUCGACGUCAGAGGCGAGUGUUGGAUACGAGUGGAACGUAUGUCAGAGGUGAAGAAAAUCUGGUUGGAUGGCGUCCGAGAGGCGAUUCAUUGUUAUGGGAGCAUCAAUGGGCACUCGAAAGAAUGAUGCGGCUUGAAGCCGUUACGAGAACGACGCAUCUGCUGCUUCUGCGCGAGAAACUUGGCCUAGAUGAAAAUCCUUUCUGCUUCUCUCCUAGUUCACAAAGCGAGAAUGCGAAAAGAACGAGAGCCAGGGUAUCAGCCGCAGUCCGAGGAAACUCUAGAGGUAAUGGAACUCCGUCGAGUGAAUUAGUAGGAAACGUGACUUCCCCGCAGGCAACUAUGGCGGUUGAUCCGUACCAGCCAUGGGACAUGAGUGAAAGGGAACGCACUUUGGCUAUCAAAUAUUUGAAGCUCAUCCAAGGUUGUCAAUACUCCAAGUACGAACAGAAGCCCGCAAUUGCCGUCACGCCCUCCGACGACGAUGGAUUUUACCAAUCAUCAUCUAACUCGGCGCUUGAUUUGCAGCGUAGUCCCGAGAGACCGGAUUCCUUGCCGAUUCGCGGAGCAUUCACGACGAUGGGACUUACGUCUCCAAGCAGCUCUCGGCGCCUUCUUUGCGAAGGCGGCGUGGGUGGAGGUGGGAUUUCCCCGAGUUAUGCUUGUCCAAGUCACUUCGGACAGAACGCCAUGCCGUCUUCGUCAUCCCGGAACGGCAGCAGCUGUUACGACGAAGACGAAGAUAUUUUGUACCCUCUAGCGUUGUAUGUUUGCGAGCUCGAAGAGAUUCGUCUCAGUCCUAUUAUUUCGAAGAAGGGCUUCGUGAAUAUCAUGGAGGAGCGCAAAGGCGGAUGGAUGCGUCGUUAUUUGGUGGUGAGACGACCGUAUGUGUUCAUCUACAAGGAUGAAAAGGAUCGUGUCGAGCGUGGGAUGAUAAAUCUGGCGACAGCGCAAGUUGAUUGUUCAGAAGAUGGGCUUGCAUUAGGAAAGAUUCCGAAUUCCUUCAGUGUGGUGACAGAAAUUCGUGGUUACCUGAUUGGUUGUUCGAACGAAAGGGAAUUCAACGAUUGGCUGUAUGCGAUCAACCCACUUCUGGCGGGGCAGAUCAGUUUUCACGAGGAAGAAAACAUGGCGCUUGUAAAAUUGCCGAUGGAUGAAGAAAUAGUCUCAUUGGAAAAAGAGUAUGAAUGGUUCAUUCGAGUUGAAAUCCGGCAAGUGGUCGCCCAACUCAAAGAAUUACUGCAGGAUUGUCUGUCAAGAAUUCCUUCCCAUGGCUCGAAUCCAGCUGGUUCAGAUGAUUCUGCAAAGACGGAGAAAUACGUACUGGCGUCGACAACUGCCGGUUCAGAUUCGCUCAAGUGCAUUGUAUCUCUCAGUGGGGACAGUGUUGUUCAUGCUGACUUGACUCUGAAAAUCGGCAAGCAUCAUUCGAGCCCAACAAUCCACACCCAGGUGACAGCGGAUUCCCCAUGGAAAUUGCAACAAAUGCAGGAUGCCAGUAAUCACAUCAAAACCGUGAUAAAGCAUCUCGACGACAUGGAUUUGGAUCAGAUGUUGUGGUCUGGAGAAGAAGUCAACAGUGUAUUCACGGUUAUCUUGGGGAUUUUGAAGUCCGGGAGAACUGCUUUGGUUGUACCGAAAAAGAGAACGAUUCAAGAGUUGCUGGACUCCAAGAAUGUGAAAUCGUUGGUGCCGCCUUUGCCGGCGGACGUGGCGGUCCAAGCAUUCACUCAAGAUAUUGAUUUCAACCUUAGACUCAGGAGAGGUUCGUUGAUUUGUUGUGGUCCUUGGGCCAGUGGCCUUUUUAUACUCCGCGUGGAGCCCCAACCAUAUGAAACACCUCCCAUGCAGCAGCAUGUCCUGCUGGAUGGGGUCUCCAUCCAGCUUCUCUUUGAAUGGUGUGACAACCAAAUGGUUCACAUGAGCUGUGAUCUUAGUCACGAUGUUGAAGGCUGCAAGGCUGCUGCUUGUGAUGCUAUGUCGUUUGGCGAGAGGCCGGUCACGGAGUCACACUUCUAUUGGGCUGCGCUGAUGAUGGCGUGGAUGCGUUUCGCCACCGCAGUCAAAAUGCCGAUCCAGCGCGUUAAAGCUCGCAUGAUCUUCGACUCUCGUGGUAAUCCGACUGUUGAGGUUGACCUUGUUACUGAAAAGGGGCUUUUCCGUGCGGCCGUUCCUUCUGGUGCUUCCACUGGUAUCUAUGAAGCUCUGGAAAUGAGGGAUGAGGUCAAGAGCGACUACCACGGGAAAGGUGUAUUCAACGCCAUCAAGAACGUGAACGAAGUCAUCGCUCCUGCUCUGGUUGCAAGGAACAUGGACCCUACGGAUCAGGAGAAAAUCGAUCAGUUUAUGUUGGAUUUGGAUGGAACUGAGAACAAGGCCAAGCUUGGAGCAAAUGCAAUCCUUGGGGUGUCUCUGGCUGCGUGCAAGGCUGGUGCUGUGCACAAGGGACUGCCUCUGUACAAAUACAUCGCUGAACUGGCUGGAAACAAGGACAUCAUUCUCCCUGUUCCGGCUUUCAAUGUGAUCAACGGUGGAUCACACGCCGGCAACAAACUGGCCAUGCAGGAAUUCAUGAUUCUGCCCACCGGUGCGAGCAGCUUUUCUGAAGCCAUGAAGAUGGGUACGGAAGUGUACCACCAUCUAAAGAAGGUCAUCAAGGACAGGUUCGGUCUGGAUGCCACCGCUGUUGGUGAUGAGGGCGGCUUUGCUCCCAACAUCCUCAACAAUAAGGAUGCACUGGAAUUGAUCUCCGAAGCUAUCCGCAAAGCUGGAUAUGAAGGAAAGAUUGAGAUUGGCAUGGAUGUUGCUGCGUCGGAAUUCCAUAAGAACGGGAAGUACGAUUUGGAUUUCAAGAAUCCCGCUAGUGAUCCGAAUGCAUUCUUGGCGCCGGACAAGUUGGCGGCUCUCUACCAAGAAUUCAUCAAGGAAUUUCCGAUCGUCUCCAUUGAAGAUCCCUUUGACCAAGACCAUUGGGAUGCCUGGACUGCUUUCACUGCCUCAACCAAGAUCCAGACCUUUAAGCCCAGGAAGAAGUUUGAGCCUGGGACUUGGAAAUAUUCUCUCCAUAAACAAGCAGAGGCUUCCCUUCAUUCGGGGAUCAACUUGAGAAAUGCUGUGAAACUUCCUCCCGGUGAAGAUUUUAACGAUUGGUUGGCUGUGCAUGUUGUGGACUUCUUCAAUCGAAUUAACCUGAUAUAUGGAACGAUAUGUGACAGCUGCACGGAGUUGUCGUGUCCAAAAAUGUCGGGUGGAGCAAAAUUUGAGUACCUGUGGUGUGAUGGCCAAAAAUAUAAGAAACCCACUCCGCUUCCAGCGCCGCAAUAUAUUUCAUCUCUUGUGGAUUGGGCAGAAGCUCAAAUCAACGAUGAGGCGUUGUUUCCCGUCAAAGUUGACGUACCGUUUCCCAAAACGUUCCAGUCGCUCUGCAAAAAAAUAUUGACGCGGCUCUUCCGUAUUUUUGUGCACGUCUAUAUUCACCACUUCGACAGGAUAUAUGCAAUUGGCGCGGAAGCUCAUGUGAACACAUGCUACAAGCACUUUUACUACUUUGUGAUGGAGUUUGAAUUGCUUAGUCAGAAGGAGCUGGAACCUCUGAAGGAGUUGACUGCGAAAAUUUGCAGGGAUACCUACGACCCAGCCUUAGGACCUACGGGUCCUGUGCAAAUGAAUGCACAUCCCUGAAAUGAUCAAUUUUGCGCGCAUUUUUCGUUAAUGCACGUUGCAAUCACCGAAUUCUACCUAGAUGCAAAUUUGAUGGCUUUUGAGUUUUGCUUAUGUGCUUAUUACAUUUUUUUUACAGAGGAAAUUUAAUAGGGAUCUUUGCGCUUCUUUCGAAUCUUACUUCUCGGAAGUCCUGUGUUGUCGAUGAUGGUUUUUUUUUCUCGUUCAAGUGUCACUGAUGAUCAAAUCCAAAACGUAACUGAAUGAAGAAUUGAUUUCUGCGAGAAAAGAAAAUUAUUUUCUUUGCCACCAUCGAGCACGGAUACCCGAACCGAGCAAUAUGAGUCUUCGAGUGAAGACGUGUU